AUGAAGUACCUGCUGCUUCUGAUUGUGGGAGUUUUCCUGUUUGCAGGAAUCUCCACCGUCCGUGCGGACGAUGAUGCCGACAUCGAGGACCUCCCGGUCGUCGAGAUGAACCUGGGUGCCUCCAAGGAGGGUUCCCGAACCGAUGCCGAAGCAGUACAGCGCGAAGAGGAAGCCAUCAAACUGGACGGGCUGAACGUGGCCCAGAUGAAGGAACUGCGCGAUAAGUCGGAAAAGUUCACCUUCCAGGCGGAGGUCAACCGGAUGAUGAAGCUGAUCAUCAACUCGCUGUACCGCAACAAGGAGAUCUUCUUGCGUGAGUUGAUUUCCAACGCUUCGGAUGCGCUGGACAAGAUCCGUCUGCUGUCGCUGACCGAACCGGGCGUGCUGGACUCGAACAGCAACUUGGAGAUCAAGAUCAAGGCCGACAAGGAUGGCAAGGUGUUGCACAUUAUCGACACCGGUAUCGGUAUGACGAAGCAGGAUCUGGUCAACAAUCUGGGUACGAUCGCCAAGUCCGGAACCGCCGAUUUCCUCUCGAAGAUGCAAGAGACCAAGACAGAGACCCAGGAUGUCAACGACAUGAUUGGACAGUUCGGUGUCGGUUUCUACUCGGCUUUCCUGGUUGCUGACCGCGUGGUCGUGACCACCAAGCACAACGAUGAUGUCCAGUACAUCUGGGAAUCGGAUGCCGCCAGCUUCAGCAUCGUCGAAGAUCCUCGAGGAAACACUCUGCAGCGCGGUUCGCAGAUCUCUCUGCACCUGAAGGAAGAGGCCCAGGACUUCUUGGAGGAAGACACCGUCAAGCAGCUGAUCAAGAAGUACUCGCAGUUCAUCAACUUCCCGAUCUACAUGUGGACCAGCAAGGAAGUCGAGGAGGAAGUUCCAGUUGAAGAAGAGGUCACCGAGAAGCCCGAAAAGAAGGAUGAGGAUGCCACCGAAGAGGAAGACGGAAAGGUCGAGGAAGAAGCCGAGGACGAGAAGCCAAAGACGAAGAAGAUCAAGAAGACCGUUUGGGAUUGGGAGGUCAUGAACGACAGCAAGCCAAUCUGGACGCGUAAACCGAACGAUGUAACGGACGAUGAAUAUACGGAAUUCUACAAGAGCUUGACCAAGGACACUUCUGAUCCGCUGACGCACACUCACUUCGUCGCCGAAGGUGAAGUGACCUUCAAGUCGUUGCUGUUCAUCCCCAAGGUUCAGCCAUCGGAGAGUUUCAACAAGUACGGCACCAAGUCGGACAACAUCAAGCUGUACGUCCGCCGGGUGUUCAUCACCGACGAGUUCAACGACAUGAUGCCCAACUAUCUGAACUUCAUCCGGGGUGUCGUCGACUCGGACGAUCUGCCGCUGAACGUUUCCCGCGAAACCCUCCAGCAGCACAAGCUGAUCAAGGUCAUCAAGAAGAAGCUCGUCCGCAAGGCGCUGGACAUGAUCAAGAAGCUGGACAAGGAAACGUACGACAAGUUCUGGAAGGAAUUCUCCACCAACGUCAAGCUGGGAAUCAUGGAAGACCCCAGCAAUCGGUCCCGUCUGGCCAAGCUGCUCCGGUUCCAGUCGUCCAACAGCAAGAGCUCCAAGGAGUACACCAGUCUGGCCGAUUACGUCUCUCGGAUGAAGCCCAAGCAGGAACACAUCUACUUCAUUGCCGGAUCUAGCCGUGCCGAGGUCGAGAAGACUCCCUUCGCCGAACGCCUGCUCUCGCGUGGCUACGAAGUCCUGUACCUGGUCGAAGCCGUUGACGAGUACUCCAUCUCCGCUCUGCCCGAGUUUGACGGCAAGAAGUUCCAGAACAUUGCCAAGGAAGGUUUCAUCCUGAACGAGUCCGAGGAAGCCAAGGCCAAAUUUGACGAACUGAAGACCGAAUUCGAACCGCUGCUGAAGUGGUUGAACGACGUCGCCCUGAAGGACAAGAUCGCCAAGGCCCUGGUCUCGGAACGUCUGUCCAACUCGCCUUGUGCCCUGGUUGCGUCCAUGUUCGGCUGGACCGGUAACAUGGAACGUCUGGCUCUGGCCAAUGCCCACCAGAAGACUGAUGACCCACAACGGCAGUACUACCUGAACCAGCGCAAGACCCUCGAAAUCAACCCUCGGCAUCCGCUGAUGCGCGAGUUGCUCCGUCGAGUGGAAGCCGAUUCCGAUGACGUUGUGGCCAAGGAUAUGGCCGUCCUGAUGUUCAACACCGCCACCCUGCGGUCCGGAUUCCAGCUGCCAGAAACGGCCGACUUUGCCGACAGCAUCGAGCGGAUGAUGCGCCAGACUUUGGGAGUCUCGCAGGACGAACAACCGGAACCGGAGGAAUUCGUCGAGGAGGACACCGGCGCGGACUCCAAGGAUGAUGAGGAAGAAGAAGUUAACGCCGACGAUGAUGCCGAGCAUGACGAACUGUAA